CAAAGUUAAUACAUUACGCCCCAUAUUAAUCGUAUGAAGGAAAUGGCUUACUGGUACUUCAUGUCUCCUUUCCUCUUCUUCUUGGUUUUUGAUGGUCUAAACCAUGUCUGUGCUCUGGAAGCUGGAACCAGAGGAAAGAAAAGCGCAUUGCAGCCACAAGACAGCAGCAAUAAUCUGAAGAGACAUGAGUCCUGGCCAGAUUCUCCCAGAUCAGGCCGCAAACAUGGCAUACAGAGGAAAGACAAGGCCAACACCAUGGUAACCAAAGUACUGGAGACAGACAGACCAGAUGAGGACAGUGUGGGAUUGGAGAGUCUGACUCCAGUGCGAGUGGAGACAGACAGUCUGGAAAGAACAGCAGUAAUGCCACAGGAGCGAGUUACGGGCCAGAAAGGUCAAUUUUAUCCUCGAGAGCCAGAAUAUCAUUCAGCAGGAGAGCCUACAAAUAAAGGGAAAAAGCAUAAUAAAGACCAUAAGAAACCAAAUCGGAGGGAGCGAGCCCGACACAGUAAGGGGAAACUGCCGGGCAGUGAGUUAAUCCCAUUUUUAAAGGAUCUGACACAAAGCAAGGAGACAGAUGAGCCUUCCACAAUGCCCCUGCCAAUGUCCAGCACCAUUGUGACCAGUACAUUGCUGACUACCAUCACGACUGAGGAAGCACCAGCAACAAAGCCGAGGAGCACACGACAACAGGCUGGAACAAGAACAGCUGCUGAGGUGAAUCCCACCCUCGACAUGACACUCUUUGAUUGGACAGAUUAUGAAGACAUGAAGCCAGAUAUUUGGCCUUCAGCAAAGAAAAAAGUAGACAAGCAUCGCAGCAAGAACCUGAGUAAUGGGAACCUCACCUCAAUGGCUGAAGUGGAACCAUGUGAUCAUCACUUGGACUGCCUACCUGGUUGGUGUUGUGACCUCCGGCAGCACAUCUGCAAAGCCCACAACCGCGGCCUCAACAACAAGUGCUAUGAUGAUUGUAUGUGUGCAGAAGGUCUUCGCUGUUAUGCCAAGUUCCAUCGGAAUCGGAGAGUGACCCGCAGGCGAGGACGGUGUGUGGAACCAGAAUCUGUUGAUGUCGAUCAUGGAUCAUUUAUUACGGUCUGAGCAGACAUCAUAAGGAACCCAGCUGUUUUGACCCACACAGCCAGUCAAUCCUCAUCCGAUAACAACAGUGAAAAUCUUGAUGGCUCCAAGAAUGCCUGUGACUGCCCUGAUAGGCGAUGCCACAUCUGGAGCUGUCUGGAAUAAGAUUCUUGCAAUCACCCAGUCAUGUCUGAUGAAAAUAUCCCUAUUUACACCCUACACUCCAAAACCAUAAUCCAUCAAAUCCCAACAAUACCCAGAAUCCACUACCCAACUAUGAUAAUCGAAUCCCCUACUGGUUUAUAUUGUCCCAUUCGACUCAUUUGUUAUUUGAAACAACCCUGCUUCUCGUACCCACACUAAAAUUGCAUUUGUAAUACCAUACUUUUAUAAACAGUUUUGAAUGUUAUUUAGAAAAAUGGUGACUAACACAAUAUUUAGCAAUAAUACCUUGUCUACAAGGGUUUCUUGUUAUCUUUGUAUUCCUCCUUAUAUCUUUUUAUUUUCUAAGAAUCUCCCUACAGUUCUCUCCCAACAGCUUUACUUGAGACAACCUCCCAUCAGGUAUUACCCUUCUCUUAAAAAGUUGUCACCAUUCCUAAUGGUCAUUCUCUUGAAAUCAGAUGUUACAAUGUGUCUUCUGCUUUAAACUUAUUAUUGAUAUUACUACAAACCUGCAAUAUUUCACCAACUUUUUUGAAUAAAUGUAAUUUAAACUCACAAUAAAACCAGACUUUUUAAAACACAAUUUAGGCUCCUGCACAGCCUAAAGCCGUGAUCAUUUACUGUAUAAUAAUUGAAUUGUUUAUAGUUAAUCAAUCUGAAAUUUUUCAUUUGAUGUUUACUGAGCUACAUCUCUGUAGGUGCUGGUACCAGCCCGUACCUUGCCCAAGCGACUGUUACCAUGUAUGAGUCUAAACAUCAAAUAUUGGUAAAUUAUUUGUGGACUGUUUGAAUGUGAAGGGCAACAAAAACUCAGUACUUUUCUCACCUGAUAACUGGGUGUAUAUCCAGGAGUGUCUCCAGAUAAUAAGAAGAAUCAGAAAAGCUGGUUGAUGUUAUACAGAUAUGUAGAAGCUUUAUCAUAACAUCCACUGAAUAGAUGACCCUUGUUUUCAAAGCACUACUGUCAUUUCAACUUAAUAUAACUUAUAAUUAAUUACUUUUUUCCAGCAAUGUUCUCCAAAUAGUUUUAAACCCUUGUUAUAAUUUGUGUUGUAAGAGGUAAAGUUGGAACUAGGAGUAGAAAGUACUGAAAACACUGAGCUGGUCAGUCUUCAUCUGUGGUAAGAACAGAGAUUUGUCAUUUUGAGUAAAGGUAUUUCAGAUGCGCAACAGUGUCUGUAACAUUUUACUUCUUGUACAAUGUUAAAACACAGCCUUUCUAUGACUCCGGUAUAGAUGGGCAUAGGUGCAGCUCUUAUGUUUUUGUAUUAGGACAGUCCAAUUUAGAUAUUGCAGUAAGGGUCAGGGUUGUGAUGUGAGAAUCUCUACUUUGAAUAACCGUAAAACUGAGAGAAUAUUUAACUUUUUUUAUAGAUACAUUGUCACAUUAUUAUAGUUAGUCACUGUGACAACCAUCUGACUUGAACAUAUAUUGCUGUUUUUCAUCAUUGUUGGGUCAAAAUCUUGGAAGUCUGUACCUAACAACAUUGUGUGAGUAUUUUCAUAGACAGAUAGUAAUGAUUCAGGAAGACAAAUUACCAUCACCAUCGAAAGAGCAUUUAGUGAUGGGCUAUAAAUGCUGGUCUUGCCAGCAAUGCUAUAUCUCAAAAAGAAAUGUAAAGUCUUUGCAGACUGUAUGUCAUAUUGUUAUAGUUGCAUUGUCUGUUAUAGUUACAUUUUGUGUUGUGCUGCAUGUGAAUUUAUAGCAAUGGAAUGCAUGACGAAAGAAUGAUAAUGUAUCAGAUUUUGCACUUUUGUUUUCUAUUUAAUUUUAAUA